AUGUAUGUCACUUUGACAUUUGGAGAUGCUGGUUUAAAAUAUGUGCCAAGUUUUUGUUCUGGACUCCGAGAACUUAGCGUAAGCGACUGUCCCAACGUGACGGACUUCGGAUUAUACGAACUAGCUAAAUUAGGACCAACCUUACGAUACUUGUCUGUAGCGAAAUGUGAUCAAGUGAGUGAUGCCGGUUUAAAAGUGAUAGCGAGAAAAUGUUACAAAUUAAGAUAUUUGAAUGCCAGAGGUUGCGAGGCAGUAUCGGAUGACGCCAUAACUCUAUUAGCUAGAUCUUGUACUAGACUUAGGGCCUUAAAUAUAGGAAAAUGUGAUGUGAGCGACGCUGGACUACGAGCUCUGGCCGAAUGCUGUCCUAACUUGAAGAAAUUGAGCCUAAGAAAUUAUGCUGGUUUAAAAUAUGUGCCAAGUUUUUGUUCUGGACUCCGAGAACUUAGCGUGAGCGACUGUUCCAACGUGACGGACUUCGGAUUAUACGAACUAGCUAAAUUAGGACCAACCUUACGAUACUUGUCUGUAGCGAAAUGUGAUCAAGUGAGUGAUGCCGGUUUAAAAGUGAUAGCGAGAAAAUGUUACAAAUUAAGAUAUUUGAAUGCCAGAGGAUGCGAGGCAGUAUCGGAUGACGCCAUAACUCUAUUAGCUAGAUCUUGUACUAGACUUAGGGCCUUAAAUAUAGGAAAAUGUGAUGUGAGCGACGCUGGACUACGAGCUCUGGCCGAAUGCUGUCCUAACUUGAAGAAAUUGAGCCUAAGAAAUUGUGAGCUUGUUACAGAUCGAGGGAUGCAAUGUGUGGCUUAUUAUUGUAGAGGACUCCAACAACUCAACAUACAAGAUUGUCAAAUAUCCCUAGAAGGGUAUAGGGCUGUUAAAAAGUAUUGCAAGAGAUGCGUUAUUGAACAUACGAAUCCUGGAUUCUUUUAAAGUUUGUUGCUUUAUUUAUAAUUUAAUGAAAUUUGUUAUAUUUAUUUUGUAAAU